ACUCCCGAGUAGAAAGAUCGGUUGUGCGAACGCGAGGCGCCUGUGGCAUGGCGAAGAGAGCUUUGGCGCUAGCGAGAGGAAGAGAGCGGCUCUCUCUGCUAGGACGGCGCUUGUUCGACUGAAUUAAGGAAGAGGCGAGAGCAGCAGCAGCAUCAGCAGGAAAAGCCAAGUCGAGAGGAGAAGAGAAGGAGGAGAAGGAAACAGCAGUGGCGGCAGCGGCGGCGGCUAUGGCAGCGCUGGUGGUGGUCGCUACCUCGCUCGCUACCAGACAGGGACAGAGAGAGACUGACACCGAGGCGCCACCUGCAGGCCUCGCGGCAAAGGAGAGACGGGGAGAUUUAUUAUCGCAUGGUAAAAGAAGAACGAUAACCGCUUGAAAUCGCUGGAAGUUUCCAUUCUCGAAAAGUAGACAAUUCCAGGGUCGUUCGCGGGAGAGAUUGACACCGACGGAACUGCGCGAACGAGUGACGUACGAAGUGUACACAAGAAUACUCUCUCACACACCUCAGAAAUACACGGAAUUAGUACUGUUCUUUCCUCAUGUAGAGUGAUUGCGAUAUACGUAUGGGACAGACAAUAUACCUCGUGGCUACUCAUUCACAGUCCGAGCGCAGGACUCCGGCAACGAACACCAACGAGGGGAUACGUAUUCUUUGAAGCAGACUCUGUAACGUUUCUACAGUAAAAAUGAAGUACCUUUUUAUACUGCUAGUCUCAAUUCUUGUAAUACAAAAUUCUGUUGCUCCACCUGUUACUAAGGACAAAAAGGAUGAAGAAAAUGAAGUUGAAGAUAAGGAAGAACUGGCUAAUGAUCCUAUGAGGGUCAUGGAAUAUCACAGAUAUUUGAAAGAAGUAGUUCAAGCCCUGGAAAGCGAUCCAGAUUUUCGUGCAAAGCUAGAAAAAGCUGAGGAAAAUGAUAUUCUGAGCGGAAAGAUUGCUGAUGAGUUAGAACACGUGAAUCAUAAUGUUAGAACAAAAUUAGAUGAGUUGAAAAGGACCGAACUUGAAAGACUGAGACACUUAGCCAUAAAUCAAUAUGAACUAGAGCAUGGUAUUGAUAGACACCAUCUGAAAAUUCCUGAGCAUGUGGACCACAACAACCCUCAUACCUUUGAGAUAGAUGACUUAAAAAAACUCAUUGCUAAGACGACAAAAGACUUAGAUGAAGCUGACAAAAAACGACGAGAGGAGUUCAAAGAGUAUGAAAUGCACAAAAAGUUUGAGCAAGAGGAAAAACUGAAAACUCUGAGUGAAGAAGAAGCAAAGAAGUUUGAAAAUGAAAUUCAUGAUUUGGAGAAAAAACACAAAGAACACGAACCAUUGCAUCAUCCUGGCAGUAAAAAACAGUUAGAAGAAGUCUGGGAAAAACAAGACCAUAUGGAACAACAAUUCGAUCCUAGGACCUUCUUCUUUUUACAUGAUUUGGAUGGAAAUGGUGUUUGGGAUCAGAAUGAGUUAAAAGCUCUUUUUAUUAAAGAGCUUGAUAAACUCUAUGCUGAAGGACAUCCAGAAGAUGAUCUUGUUGAAAGAGCAGAAGAAAUGGAAAGAAUGCGAGAGCAUGUCAUUAAAGAAGCUGAUUUAAAUAAAGAUGGACUCAUAAGUUAUGAAGAAUUCUUAAAUGAAUCCAAAAAAGCUGAAUUUGAACAAGACCCAGGGUGGAAACCAAUUGAUGAGCAGCAAAUUUAUUCCGAACAAGAAUAUGAGGAAUACAAAAGGCAAAAGGCUCGUGAAAUUGAACAAGCUAUAGCCAGAGGAAUGUCACAAGAACAUUAUCCUGCCGGACACCCCCAGGCUGGUCAUCAGCAGUUCCCGCCACAUCCGAACCAAGUACCGCAUCAAGAGCAGGCUCAAUAUAAUCAAAUUCCUCAAAAUCAGCAGCAACAGCAUCCCCAACAAGGUCAAUACAUAAAUCAGCAGCCGCAACAAGGCCACUUUAAUCAGAUGCCUCCUCAACAAGGUCAAUAUCAACAACAAGUGCCUCAUCAGCAAGCUCAAUUUGCCAAUCAGAUACCCCAGCAGCAGCAACAAUUCCAUCCGAAUCAGCAAAUACCACAACAACAAAACCAUCCACCACAAAAUCAACAAAUACCAGUCGGACAAAAUCAAUUCCAAGCUCAACAACAAUUUCAACAGGUUCCGGUAGCACAAAAUACUAAUCAGGUUCCUCAGCAGCAGUUCCAACAACAGAAUCAGCAACCUCCUGCAGGAAACAAUAUAAAUCAAGUUCCUCAACAAGUUCAACAAAAUCAACCAUCAGCUAAUGCUGCACACUUGUCCAACCAACAAAUUCCAGUAGCAACUGGUCAAAAUCAGCAAAAUACUCAGAAUCAAGUUCCUCAACAACAAACGCAUGAACAAAUAGCUUCUAUGAAUAAUGCUCAGAUACAUCAGAACUCACCGAAUACUGCCAAAGUUUAAAUAGAAACAAGACUCAUAACAUAAAAACUCUUGGACUUCCAAUAAAUUUUAUUUUAAAUCUUACAAUAUAUAAAACAAAACUGAACUAGUUUGACUUUGAAAAACAAAAAAUAAUCUGGUACUAACUUUCUCUACAGAAUGAACUUUUAAUUGACAAGGAAACUUCUUUUUAAAUAUUACGAAUUUUCAAAAGCAUAUCAUGAUAAUUGACUUGUGUGCGAUAAAUGAAUAAAUCCAUAAACUUUCGCUCAAAAUUAUAU